AUGAACUCUAAACGGCCGGCGUCUGCUGCAAAUAUAGGUUCGGUGAAGAGGUCCAAGACGCAACAUGAAGAUGGGCCAGUAUUGACCGGAACGGAUGAUUCGGUCCAAACUGGCAACAUCAACUCCCGGCUAAGGACCUUGGAAAAUCUCGCUCGCGAGGUGAUGGGCAGCCCUGGUGCCUCGGAGGUUGACCCAGAGGUGAUGAAAGCCGUGACUAUUCUGAGCAACAAUUGUAACCGAAGGGAGAAACUGUCUCGAUCCGUGUCCAGGGAUAACAGUGAGCCCCGUCAGACUCCCGAAACACACCACUCAGCCCAUGCUUCGAACAAAAAUGGCAACUCACCUAUACCUCCAUUGCCCCCCAUUCGAGAUACUUCGUUGGAAAAGGCAGUAUUCACACACCCCGGGGUCGGCAAUAAUAACAAGACGACUUAUGACCGGUUGGAGAUCCUCGGGGAUGCUUAUAUUGAGCUGAUCGCAACACGAAUGGUGUGGGAGCGGUUUACCGACAUAUCUUCAGGUCGGAUAUCACAGAUCAGAGAGCUCCUGGUCAAAAAUGAAACUCUUUCGAACUUCGCAAGCAUAUAUGGUUUUGACCGCAAAGCUUCAGUGCCAUCGGACCAUGUGAGCCAGUCCAAGCGCUGGACAAAGACCAAGGGCGACAUCUUUGAGGCUUACGUAGCCGCAGUCAUCCUAUCUGACCCCACUCAUGGCUACCAGACUGCGGUAGAAUGGCUUUCUCAUUUGUGGGUUCCAAUGCUCAGCGGCUUAGAACAUCAGCAGACGGAGCUCAGGUCGAAGGAAGCUCUUGCCAAGAAGAUCAUGGGAAAGGGAAUCAGGCUCGAGUACAUGGGUGAACGUCCGACCAUCCAGCAAAAAGGUGGCACUCAAACUCACUUCAUUGGGGUGUACCUAACCGGCUGGGGUUGGACGAAGAGACAUCUGGGCUCUGGAAAGGGGCUCAGUAAAGCAGCAGCAGGCGAUCAGGCUGCUCAACAGGCUUUACAAAACACUCCACUAAUUCUCGAGAUCAUGGAGGCGAAAAGGUCAUGGGAGCUACAGGAAACAUAA